GAUAGUUUGAUUACACCAAUUUUCCUGUAUUACCAAAUUUUUACCUAUUAUAUUGCUUCCAUUGAUUCUCCGUCUUUUAACAUCAUUUUGUCUUUUAUACCUCUUUAUAACUGCUUCGUUUAUCCAUCCGUUAAUAUAAGGUAGCUUCCCUUCCUCUGAUUAAAAAGCCACAUCAUUUUAUUCAACCCUUUUUCGAUAAAACUUUUAAGAACAAAGUCUUACGUUAAAACCAAGUUUAAUCCAAAGGUAUGUCGUCUCUAUACAACGGAGAGGAGAACCGAAGUUGCCUUACCGCCGAUUCUGCUCGCUUUUUAAGUUUUCACACUCUCUGGAUCGGUGGCUAAGUAAAUAUACCACUAGAAAGUAAAAAAAAAACAUACAGACAACACCUUGAACAGCCUAAAGUAUUCGAGAGACGAGAGAAAAUGUUAUUCCGUAUGUUUAGAUGGUUAAUUUUAAAUCUGGCGGAUCCGCCUUUUCUCGUGUUCAGUCAAGAAUAUGUGGAUUCCCACUUUUAUGGUUAUACCGUUAGUGGUAGUUUAUCUAUUAAAAGAAAAAAAGAAAUAAAGGAUCUAAGGCUGUUUCCUUUUUUAAAUAAUAUGUGAGGGAAGUUACAAUGGGUGGUUUUAUAUUCUGCAUCAAUAAGUCUUCAAGUGAGACAAAAUAAUUUAUCUUUUUGAUAAAACUUUGUUAAUACAUCGAAGACCUUGAGAUUACUAUACCACCAGCAUGCUGUUCAGUAAUGAUUAGCAAUGGAAUAUACAGCAAUCAAUUCACAGAUAUUCUAAAACCAUCAUAUCUUGAAGAUGAUUAUCAUAAUGGUCAUUUUGAAAGAAUAAAAGUGUUGCGUGUGAGACGACUCUCUUGAACUCCUUGAACUCUUUAAGAGUUUUUAUGAAGAAUUAUUGACUUCUUUAUCAAAGUGCAGCAGAAUUUGGCGGCUGACAGUCUUGGUUUUCGAAAUUUACCAAAAAAAAGAAAGAAAAAAAAUUAAUCCAAACUUUGUCAUCAAAAUCUCUUCAUUCACCUGGUGCUUGACAGCUUUCAAAUAAAAAUGGCCG